AAACCACACCCCAAAGGGGGACAGUCUUUGGGUGGGGGGGUGGAGAGAUGCUGACAGGUGCCGUGGGAGCUGUUCUUGGCACAGGAGGAGGAAGGACUCUGGGGAGCAGCAACAGCAGCAGCAGGCGGCAGGGUGUGCAGCCACCUGCACCGCAAGGGAGGUCGAGAGCAGCAGCUGCAACAGGCACCCCUGGUGACCCUCCCGCGCUUUGCCCCGUCCAGCCAGAGGCGCGCGCAAUGUGCUCCCCUCACGCUUCGCCGCUCGCGCACAUCUUCAAAGGGACCUUCGCGCACGCCAGCUGGUCCUCUCCUAUGGAUAUUCUGCAAGGCCACCUUUUGGGGGUUGAGGAGAACGGGAAGAUUGCAUUUUUGGAACCAGCUGAAGAACAAGAGAAACUGGCAAAGAAGUGGGGAUUCAAAGCAUCUGAAAUACGGGAACUCAAUAAUAAUGAGUUCUUCAUGCCAGGUUUGGUUGACACACACAUCCAUGCUCCACAGUAUUCUUUUGCAGGAACACGAGUAGAUCUGCCUCUUCUGCAGUGGUUGGAGAAAUACACUUUCCCAACAGAGGCCAAAUUCAAAGACAAUGGUUUUGCUGAAGAGGUGUACACUAGAGCUGUGAGACGAACACUCAAGAAUGGCACAACUACAGCCUGCUACUUUGCAACAAUUCACACAGAUGCCUCUUUGCUUCUUGCUGAUAUAAUAGAUAAAUUUGGCCAAAGAGCAUUUGUGGGUAAAGUUUGCAUGGAUAUAAAUGAGAGUUUUCCAGAGUAUAAGGAGACGACUACUGAAACCAUCGAGGAGACCGAAAGGUUUGUUAGAGGAGUAUUGGAGAAGAAAUAUUCAAAGGUACAGCCCAUCAUAACGCCCCGUUUUGGACCAUCCUGUACACAGGAAUUACUUCAUAGCCUUGGUAACCUGGCAAAGGCCAGUGACAUUCAUGUGCAGAGCCACAUAAGUGAAAGUAAAGGGGAAAUCAAACUUGUAGAAGAAAUGUUUCCUACAUAUCAAAACUAUACAGAGUUAUAUGAGAAAAAUAAUCUACUUACAGACAAGACCAUAAUGGCUCAUGGCUGCUAUCUUUCUGAUGAAGAGCUGAAACUUUUUAAUCUUAGAGGAGCUGCCAUUGCCCAUUGCCCUAAUUCAAACAUAUCACUACGUAGUGGUCUUUUAAAUGCAAAAAAGGUCCUGAAAUACAAUGUGAAGCUUGGCCUUGGCACAGAUGUUGCUGGUGGUUAUUCAGCUUCUAUGCUUGAUGCAAUAAGAAAAGCAGUCAUGACAUCAAAUGUCCUUCAUCUUAAUGGAGAGAAUGAAGCAGCCUUAUCUCUGAAAGAAGUUUUCCGACUAGCAACCCUUGGAGGAAGCCAUGCCCUAGGUCUAGAUGCAGUAAUUGGAAACUUUGAGGUUGGCAAAGAAUUUGAUGCACUGCUUAUCAACACCAAAGCUUCAGACAGUCCUUUCGAUUUGUUUGCUUCUGAUACCUCUGAGGAUAUUAUCCAGAAAUUCCUGUAUCUGGGUGAUGACAGGAAUAUUGAAGAAGUUUAUGUUGCUGGCAAAUUGGUGGUUCCAUUUUCAAGUUCAGUAUAAACUUAGAUCCCCUUUCUGCAAAAUGCUGCGUGGGUAACUCUGUAGCUUGGAAGGAGUGGGUGAAAAUGCAGUGCCUUGUUGUGAUGCUGUGCUCACUUUGUUUAGUAUGUUUCUAAUUUGCACAAAAUAUGGUAAAUCUCAUCAGUUACAACAACAAAAAAGAAGUGUGCCAAAAAUGUAUCCCACCUACAGGAGAAAAAGACCACAAAGUUUAAAGAUAAAAAACCAAGCUUUCCACAUGCACUCAAAGAAGAAUAUAUUUAGACGUGAUGAUUUUAAUAAAUCUGCAACUCUAUGUUCACUUACCUGAGAGUAAGUCUCACUGAGCAUAGUGAGAGUUACUCCAGAGUAAACAUGCAUAGGAUUGAGCUGCAAGUGGCCUAAUCUCUAAAUUUCUGUUGCACAGGAAUUUUGGGUCCUUUCUCAUUAAUAAUACAAAGGAUUACAAGCACUGACUGAGAUUCAAAGAACCCUACGCAUGAGCAGAAAGCAGUUCUGGAUGUGUACUAUGUGUGCGCGCAUGCGUGUGUGUGACUGAUUUUCCCCCUAUUUGCCUCUCUCCUUGCCACAUCACAUGCCACAUUAGAGGGCUCCCCAACCCUCAGGAGUGGCCUUUCAGGGGUUUCAGGGGGCUGGAAAGGCCCCGAUGUAUAUGUAGAACACCUGACUCUUUCAGUCCCAGUCACUAUUUAUAAAUGACGUUUGAGCAAAACAAAACAUGGUUAAAUGAGCAAAACUUAAGUCCAUUUAUUUCAUCCCUAAUGACUGUAGAAACUACUCAGGAAUUAUUUUGGGGAGAAGGAAUAAGAGGGAGAUAGGCCAGGGAAAUCUGAACACAGACUUGAAUUUAUCCUUGUGUUCAGCAAUAGUUUGUAACUAUUUCUUAAAUUUCCAUAAUGUCCUGUUUCAUUUCCCCUUGAAAAGCACUUUUCUUGGCCCCUGUUAGGAACAUAUUCUACUAUUUAUUUUAUUUUAUUUAUUUAUUUAGCUAUCAAAUUUGUAUGCUGCCCCCAAACUUCUGUUUCUGGGCAGCUUACAACAACAUAAAAGAAGUUAAAACACAAAAGUAAAAAACUUAAAACAAUUUUAAACCACAAUUAAAUAAAAAGCUUGGGUAAAAAGGUAAGUCUUUAAGGACUUCUUAAAAGUUGUCAGAGAUGAGGAGGCUCUUGUUGGAGAUGAACUUCCAGUGCAUCGACCUUUUGCACCAACUGUCCUAAUGACCACUAGGGGCAUUGGGAGUAGAGACAGUGAGUCAGGGUCUCCCUAUCUGUCCCUACUCUAUGACCCCUGAACUGACUCUGCAGCACUUCCUGUGCUGAGUCACAAUCCUUCCUUUCCUCCUAGAGAGCAGAUGGAAACAUCUAUCUCUCUCCUUACCUAUCCACUAUGUAGUCCUUUAGAUUAGAGAUAGGUCUUUCCUGUCUAAGUGUAUUUAACCAAUAAAUGUUUGGUGUUUAGUCACACAAGGAUCUCCAUGUGUUUUCUCUAAAUAGCUGCAAUAUCCAAACCAUCCUCUGCUACCUACUCUGUAACUGGAGUGUGUGCUUAUUCCUUAGUGCUCUGCUGUUUUACCUAUUGUGGGUAAAAAUCAACAACCUCUAACAGCUCUCAUCUCGACAGGGAGUGCAUUCCAGAUUCUCACCCAUUUCUUCUUGUAAAUUCUACUAAAUAAUUUUGAAUGUAAGCUUUGCCAUAGAUCAUGUUUGUACAAACAUUUGUAUAAAUCAUUUGCACAAACAUUCCCACAUAUCUUAUCCCAGUCCUUAAACUGCCCUAUUCUAGACUAAUAGACCAAGGCUGGCCCUAACUAUAGGUAGGAUGAGGCAGCAUGUCUCAGGUUGCAGAUGGUAGGGUACUACUAAAAGAGAGCAACAUGGCCAAUCAUUUCGUUUGCUAUCAUAUUUUAACCAACUAAAUGAAAGCACCAUUUGGGUUUACUGCCCCAGUAACCCAAAUGUCCUGGGCUAUCUCUGCGAUAGAUAGCAUGAAUGCAUAUUGCAUAGUUUGGAACUAGUUGAAUAGCCUCUUAUAAUAGAUAAAGAGGUCUUUCACACAACCUUGCUGGGGAGGUGGGCUGUGGGAAAGCCGCUGCCCUCCCCUCUGCCGCACCAUGCUCCCACACGAGCAGUGGGGCGGUGCCAGCGGAAGGAGACGCUGGGAGUGGGAGGAACUCCCCACCCCCACCCCCGCUUCCCAGGAGCUUGGCACAGCUGCUCUUUCCUCCAGCUCACUCGGGGGGGGGGGCAGUGUGGGGCACUUAACAUGCACAGCCUAACCCAGGCUGAACUGCCCUGGCCUCGGUCAGGCUUCACAGGUGAAUAUCCUUAAACUGUUGUGAAGGAGUGGGCAACAAUUUCAGCAACAGGACUCCCAUGUUAUUGCUUAAGAAAAGGAUGCCACUGAGGACUAAACUGUCGGAGAAGUGGCUCAAAAGUGCAUGACAAAUGGUCAUUGAAUAAAGUUUUCAAGGCUAAAGGAAACAUAUUACCUAUCCCCUCUUGAAAAUGGAAAAGCCACUUCUAGAAAGGCAAUCAGGAACAGAGAACUGGCAAGAGGAGGGUGCUUCACCUUUCGUCUCUCUCCCAUUUCUCCAUUCUAAAUCACCCCUGAGGUUUCCUCUCCAUGUGGGUUUACAUAUAUGUUUUCUUGCAUUUGAAGCCACAUAGCGAGGAAAGCUACUGGGGGCAAGAUUUGGAGCAUGGAAUCAAUCGGCAGAAGAGAAAAGGGUUAAGCUUGCUGCUUCACCUAUGUCAGUUGUCCCCUGGGAAACAACCUUUUCCCUUUCAAAAGGGUGUCAGGAUGAUGUUACAUGCAUUUGGGUCUACGAACAAUAUCUAAUUGGGUCUAUGAACAAUGCCUUAGGAAAUAAUUAAAUUUUGCACUAAUCGAUCAUUUGCCUUUCCAUUGAUAUGGCCUUAAAAACGUUCCCAUAUUUUUCUGCCUGUAGGAAGAGUAUCAGUUUUCUUUUAAUAAGACAGACAGAUCCAUGUCUUAUCCGUAUAUGAUUGUGAACACAUACUUUGGAGGCCACUAUAUUCAUUUUAGAAUUAAAAAUUAUAAAACUAUGUGUAAACCUGAUCAUGUGCUAUUUUUACAACAGGUAUUUGAAAUGAAUUUUUCAGCACUUAGCUGUAAAAUGUUUUAAAUAGCUUUGAUAUUUUGAUCUAUAUAAUGCUUUUUAAAAGCUGCAGUACUUGCAAACCUUUCCUACCUUUAAAUAUUAGAACCUGCAACAAUUGUAAAGUAACAAUGCAAGUGAAAUGGAAGGAAGCAUCCAGUUCUGAAACACAAAACAAGCUCCUGGGCAGUAUUCUGUAUUUCAGUCAGAUAGACAGAAGCUGCGUGCCCACAGGCUGACUUGUGAAUCCUUCCUCUCCCACCUGACCAAGAAUCUUGACCAAAUACUAGAAUUGGCCACGUUCUUCAGAACAUGGACAAGUGCUCUAUGGGGUCGUAAAAUUCUUAAUCAGUGGAAGUGAGGGUAGAAAACAGAAAGUUCUCACGACCGAUACCAUUGGAGCUGGAGACGGCUUGGAGUAAGGUAGGACACAACUUGCCUUCCACCACCCACAUGAGCGAAGGCUCACCUGGGCUCCGCCACACACACACCUCAUGUCCACACGAUCAGCAUGGCAGUGAUGUACUGUGCAGGGAUCUGGAGGAGGAAGUCAUCCAGUAUCCCACAAUGCAUUGCGCAGGCAGCAGAGCGGCUGCCCAUAUGAAUGUAGCAGUUCCCAGCUUCCUGGCUGCUCUAUAUGCAGCACUCAUUUGUGAAGAUUUAACCGGGCUGCCGGGAGCUGUUGCAAACAGCCCCGAUCAUACAUACGAUAGAGGCUGUGUGGCAGAAUGGGGCUUACCACCACUAAACCUUGGUAAAGACCACGGUAAAAAUAUUGAGUAGCUGUGAUCUUGAGCAGCUGGGUAGGAGCAGGUCCUGUGACUCUACACGAGCCUCUCUACCCUGAUUUUCCUGCUCCUACCCAUCUUUGACCGGUCAUGUGAACAGCCUCAAGAGAUGUUAAUAAGGAAUGAUAGGAGCUUAUUUGGGAUGGACUCCCAUUCUCACUUUUGGAGGGAGAAGUGUUCCCUGUCACUUUCUAGAAUGAAAUUCACUGAAGAAUUUAAGGACUCUCAUGUAAUUGCUGGUGUAGUCUUGUGGAAGAAAACAUCAGCAAUGAGAUGUAGUUCCCCAUUUCAAAGCUCUCCUCAGUCAUCAACUCAGUAGGUGGCCUUAGGCAAACCACUGCCUCUUAGCCUCAGUUCCUCAUCUGUAUUAGGGGAACGAUGAAACUGGUCUAGCUUUUUUACUGUGAUAAUAUAUGUUAAGCACUUAGGGAAAGUGCUAUAUAAAUACUAGCGUUACAAGUAUUGUUAUUGUCCUGCACUCACAGACUGGCAGGUGUAAAGGUAAAGGCCUGGACAGAGCACCUUUGGGAGGAUGCAUGCAUUACAAGCGUUAGUAUUAUUCGAAGUCACUUUUAGGAUGACUCCUACUGUGCAAUAUUGUCCAUGGGGGAUUUUCAGUGAAAAAGUGUCUCACAAUUGGACAGACAAAGCAGAAAGCCCUGUCUGUAUAGGCAGGGUGCCACAAAGGGAGUGGCAUUGACUUAGCCAAGCACCUGUCCCUAAAGGCUGCACACUGAGACAGGGCAGCCCUUCUCUGAAGCCAAGUGAAGGCGAAUGAUUGGGGCCCAGUUCUCAGCCGCAUCACAGCAGCUGCUCACUCAUCAGCUGCUCCAGGGAUGGCCUGGAAAGGAGGGAAGGCAAGAUGGCCCCACACUGCUUCUCUUUAGCCCCUUCCUUCCUUUUCAUAGAGCAAGAGGAGAAGGGAGAUUUGAAAGAACAAAGGGUGUGGUUUUAAUGGGGGGGGGAGAAAAAUGAGAGGAAAGGGAUGGGAUGCCAUUUGGUGCUUCACUUCAGGCAGCAAAAUGACACUGCUGGCACUGAAUGAGUAACAAAACCUUAGGGAAACCAUCUGUUGAGAAGCCUCAAGUUCUUCAUCAUUCAUUCUCUGAAAGUUUUACCCUGGAUGUGUCCCCCACCCCACCCCCACACUUACGUUCCAUAUCAGCACACUACUUAGAAAAUGAAAGGAAAAGGUGGAUUAUGGAAAUUUAGCUUAUUGGGAAGAAAAUUGCUUAAAUGUGCACUUUGUAGAAACAAGCAUUUCCUUUUUAUUACAAAUGGAGUUGAUUUAAAUUUAUAAACCUGUCUUUAUCUUACUGUGCCACUUGUUAACUUUCCGUUUGAAAAUGUUAAUGAAAUCUGCCACUGAAUAUAACCUGUGCUUUAUGCAGUCAUUUGAAUGAUUCCCAUGUGGCAAGUAGAGUUCUGCACUUGAAAAUGUUGCCUUGGCUUAGUGUCUGUGCUCUGCAAUGUUUGCAAGCAGAUGGCUUAAUGAACUCAGGAGAGAGGCUGCACUUUAUUUUGCCAGACUGAUCCCCACCCCUCAUAUACUAAGCAUAUAGAGUUUUGCUGUAACUGAAGGCAAAAAUUGAAGACUUCACUCCCCUCCCCCCCCCCCUUUUACAGCAAGGCUCCUGAUUGUAAAUCUAACCUAAACCCCAAAUGGAAAUAUGGAGGGAGGGGGGUUGUGUGAGGAUCCAAACUCAGAAAUAUUGUAUUUUUCAAAUGAGCACCACAAAAACGGCUACAAUCCCGGCACUUCACAUGAGCAGCCCUACCCAGGUAGUGCUGGCCAAGCCUGGGUAGGACUGCUCGUGUGAACAGCCUCAGUGGCUGAUUUAGCACUAGCACUGACUUGCUUGGAACAAGAAAAUGAGUUCUUCCUUCUCUUUUUCAUUGGGAAGAAUCCGCUAUGUAACUCUGCAAACACUGGAACUUAUGAAAGAAAGGGGGGGAAAGUCAUGUUUAACUCUGCAAAUAUUGAAAUUUAUUUGCCUUUGUGCACAAGCUGCUUUGUUCAUACCUCUGAGAGAUCUGGCAGGUCACUGGGAUGUUUAUGUUACUGACUAAAGUCAGAAUGUGUGGCACUUGGCCCCCUCUCUUUGGCAAGCAAUAGGAAAUAAUGCUGGUGUGAAUGGUGCUUUAAUCCCAUUUUAUUUUGAAAAAAUGUAAUACUGCUGAUCUGAAGAACGUAUCUUGAAUUUCUCUUGAAAGGCCUUAUUUUCUGAUUCCAUUCCCCCCCCCCUGGAUGAGAAAUGCAUUUGGAAUAGUGAUUGUUGCUCUGUGUUCUGGCUGCUUUGUUGUCAGUUUUGCUGAUGUAACAAAAUAAAGAGUUGUGUUUACAUUAAA